AUGGCCACCACUCAAACCGCAAUCUCCAAGAGGAGAAAGUUCGUUGCUGACGGUGUCUUCUACGCCGAGCUGAACGAGUUCUUCCAGCGCGAGCUGGCCGAGGAGGGCUACUCCGGCGUCGAGGUCCGCGUCACCCCCACCGUCACCGACAUCAUCAUCCGCGCCACACACACCCAGGAGGUUCUCGGAGAGCAGGGUCGCCGCAUCCGUGAGCUCACCUCGCUCAUCCAGAAGCGCUUCAAGUUCCCCGAGAACUCUGUCUCCCUCUACGCCGCCAAGGUCCAGAACCGUGGUCUCUCCGCCGUCGCCCAGUGCGAGUCCCUCCGAUACAAGCUUCUCAAUGGUUUGGCCGUCCGAAGGGCUUGCUACGGUGUGCUGAGGUUCAUCAUGGAGUCUGGUGCCAAGGGUUGCGAGGUCGUCGUUUCCGGAAAGCUCAGGGCCGCCCGUGCCAAGAGCAUGAAGUUCACUGACGGUUUCAUGAUCCACUCCGGUCAGCCCGCCAAGGACUUCAUCGACCACGCCACCCGCCACGUCCUGCUCCGCCAGGGUGUGCUCGGUAUCAAGGUCAAGAUCAUGCGCGGCUCCGACCCCGAGGGCAAGGCUGGCCCAUCCCAGACUCUCCCCGACUCCGUUACCAUCAUCGAGCCCAAGGAGGAGCAGCCCGUCGUCCAGCCCAUGUCGCAAGACUACGGUGCCAAGGCCAUCGCUGCUCAGCAAGCUGCGGAGCAGGCCAGGCAGGCGGAGCAGGGCGAGGGCGAGGCCCAGCCAGCUGCUGGUGAGGGUUACUCUGAGGAGCAGUAG